AUGAACAUAACACCUGAAAAAAACUCAAACACAGAAGAUUGCAUGUUUUGUCGAGUUACAGGUACGCUAGUAUUUGGAAGUCUAUCAUUUUAUUCAUUUCUAAAAUUUUUACAAGCCGAAAAAAGAACAGGUGAUAAAAAAUUUUUUGGGUUAAUUUCUCUUUGUUUUAGUUUCCUAGCAAUAUAUAGAGCAAGUAGUACAUCUAAGCCGAUCUUAAAUAAAACAACUAAAAAUGUUAAACAACAAUAA